AUGCCGGCAGAGAGGAACGGAGAAAAGUCGUCGCAGGCCAAGACGAAGGAGAAUAAACCUCCUCGCAAGCCCACUCAGCCUGCCUGCGACCCUUGCCAUGUCAGGCGUGUACGAUGCUCUCAUGAGCAGCCCUGCGACCACUGCAGACGGCUCGGCUUGAAUUGCACGUAUCACAAGGCCAGCCAAGCGCGAAGGAGUACGGGGAAAAGGAUUGAAGCUCUUCGAGAGUCGGACCGUUCCGAGAAGCAGGGUGUCGAAGGUGGGCCUUCUCAGGAUGGACCCAGCUAUCCACCUACCCACUCUGCUCGCCAGCUCCAGCAACCUCCCCAUCCUCACUACCAGCAGCACGGAGAGACACUACCUUCCCUCGGCGCAAUGAGAAGCGCAGCUGCUCCUGGCACGUUCGAUGGCGGUAGGACUUCCCGAAUCGAGGGAAACAUCCAUCCUCAAUCCGCAGCAACUUCAGGCCCUUUUCCCUUUGAUGGUCCACCAGCACGCUUGUCCCGGCCACCAGGGACUGCUUCUCCAGCCUCUGCAAACUCCGUGCUCAUGCCUCCACCAGAGUACAAGCCGGGGCUAGAAUCGCCCAAGAACUUUGCGCCAUAUCAAGGGGCCUCGGUGGGCUCGCCAGGAACUUCAAGCUCCUCUUCAUCGGCGCAACACUCAGAUGCAUAUUUGCGACAUCAGCAUCAAAGAGGCCACGGGCACGGCUCUCCUCAGAUGGGUCGCGGAAACAUGGGCGCAGGCCAAGCAGGAUUUUCGCAUGGCAUAUUUCCACCCUUUCUCAGUCCUCGCACCAGCCAGUCUUUGGCUGCCGGAAGUGCGCACCAUUUCGAGCGACAGCCUGGACUCCGCCGGCUGUCGAAUGCUGGUCAGGGCGCCAAUGGAAGGUUCACAAACAUCGCACAGCAUUCAAACGAAGGAGGCUCUUUUGUUGACCACCUUAUGAGUCGGCCGACGCCUAUAACACCGAGCUCCAGCGGCACAUCUGGCGGAUCUUUUAUUGCGUCCAACAUGCAAUCACAGCCGCAACAGCAAUUUCCUCAAGCACAGCAGAGUGCUGUGAGUCAAGGUCAGACACUCAACAGCAACAAUCUUUUCCAAAUGGUCAACCCCUUUGAAAAUACCUUUGCUGCGAAUUUCCGUCUGCCCGACCUAACCACGUCGCUGGCGGACUCAUUCCUGCCGAAUGGCACCGGAGCGAGCGGAUUCGAGAAUGACAUCUCGUUGUGGGAGGGCAUGGAUCUCAACAAUUUCCCGCUCAUAUCUGGUGAUGGGUCGGCCACCAUGCUGGAUGCUAUCGGCAGACUCAACCCGAUGGGACAGACGCCCGCGUCGCUCGAUUCCGGCCACCAUCAUGGCCCGGCCAGUCAAGCGGGCAGUGGGCCGCACGAUGAUAGCCCGCCCGGAAGCUCUGCUGGAGACAUGCAUCAGGCCUUGUCGGAUGGUGUCCUUAUCCCUACCCUGGCGCUAUUCUAUGAACGUCUGGGAGGUAUCAUGCCCGUCUUCUCGAGAGCCUGGCUUUACGGUCGUCUGGACGCGGACCAUCAUCGUACAGUGAGAGGGGCCUCAGAUCGCUGAUCUGACGUGCGAGAGCUGACUUCGUCUGUAUGCAAUUCCUUUGCAGGAUCCCCAAUUUGGCUCGAUGCUGCUUUCGAUGAGCGCCUUGGUAGCGAUCCAAGCCCAAGAUACUACGGAUAGGGCGUCCGCCAGAAACAGGCGAAAGAAAGCGGUCGCACUGUUAGAGCAGUCGAGUCAAAUGCGAGGCGGUUUGAUGUUUGGCAAGGUGAGUGCAACGUCCUGGAAUCUGGCGGCCUCUUACUGAUCUUCCAUCGAGUCGUUCAGGAACCUUCGCUGGAGACUACCUGCACGUCUUUCUUCUUCUUUGCGAGUCUCUUCGCUCUGAACGAGCACAAUGCGGCUUGGUUCCGUCUUCGAGAGGCCGUGACCUUGGGCCACCUCGCCAAGCUGCAUGAGCCAUCCUCCUACGAGGGUCUCCCUCGAGACGAGCAGGAACGUCGCUUGCGCACUUACUGGCUGUUGGCCAUCACAGAGCGGUAAGUAGCAACCAGCCUACCUUGCGUAUUUUGGCGGCUGAGAUCCGUCUCAAUUCCUUGCAGAGCAUAUGCUAUUCAGUACAAUCACCCUAUCACCCUGACGGGCAAUCCGAGAAAGAGGACGGCAAUUCUACGGCAACAGCUCGGUCUUAAAGAACUCGCAGACUUUCCGGAUCUGCAGCUGUCCAUUUUCGAUGCCGUGUGGGUACUUUCAAUGCUCAACUGAUCACACAGAGCGUUCAUGGUCUCUGACUUCUGCUGCAAAUUUGUUUCCAUCCUCCCAAGUGAUGAAACCUUCGUCGACUGCUGUGAGUCUUUCGAAUUGCGUGACUUGCGCCUAUAUCCGUAGCAUCGCUGCUCACGCUGUUCCCCUGGUCUCUCUAAAUUACAGUCCUUGGAAAGUGCCUUGGGAAAAAUUGCAAGACCUUCACGAGGGAAAAAGCGCUGGAGCUUUACGCAGCUUUCACUCGCGUCGGCGAGGAGAGAGGCUCGUCGACGCGAGGAGAUGACGAGCGCGUCAAUGGAGAAGGAAGCAGCACGUCCAAUGGUGGGGGAAAUACGCGCGACAGCUCUGUCGCUGCUGGCGACAAUGAUCCUUCAUUCGGUCGGAGUGCAGUGCAAAAAGCGGACUUCGAAAUCACUCGCUUGUGGCUUCAAAAUCGAGCUUGGCUCAUCGCUCUGAGUCAUAGCUUGCUGACCAUCCAAGACCGAGAAGAGCCUUUGCGCGUUGAUCACGCCCUGCACCUGGCAAGACGUACACUCGAUAUUUGCAAUGGGCUGCCUUUGCCGGCAAUGGAAGCGCACGGGAUCGGAUUCGUGCUCAAGCUUGUAAGUCGCUAGCGCUUCAGCGUGUCAACAUCAGCUUUGAGACUGAAGUUUUCGCGCACCGUGCAUUCGUAGUACGAUAUCGCCAGCACCUUGGCAAUUCUCUGCAAGGAUGAGGGUGUGGCGCAAGCGAUUGAGGACUACUCGCUACCUGCGCAGCAAGGCUCUCCACACAGUGUCGUCUCGCCAUCCGCAACAAGCGGCGGUCGUUUGGCAACUCGAUUGCGCACCGAGAUUUUAGAAUUGCUCGAAGCGUUUGCGGCGUUCAUGCGCGAAUUUCUGGGAGGCAAGCACGAGUUCAAGGAGAAGCUGGAGGGACACAUUAAUGAGUUCCACGCGAGCAACCCUUGGACCAUGCUCAAUUAUCGCACGACCACUCCCGACACGCGUUGGAACACCUGA